UGCUUAUUUAGGUCAUCACUGAUACUUUUCAUACAUGUUGAUUAUACACUGAUAUGUUGUAACUAAUUCGUUAAUUAUAGAAAUGUAUAAUAAACAAACACCGACAAAAAAAAAAAAAAAAUCAAACAUCGUGUGAAGACGAAUGAAUUCGAUAAGUACGUUUAAUUUAACCAUCAAUUAAUAUUUCCUCUGAACAUUACCGAAAGUUAUACCCGACCAUAACCGGGUUAUUAAUUCGAAUUUGAUUAGCCGGUUUAGAAUUCGUCUUACUUCUUCUUCUUUUUCUAUAUAUAACCCAACUGUUCUUGAAUCUUUCUUUCUUGUGCUUUACUCGUAACAAUCGAUUUCAAAUCUCUUCUGAACUUUUCACAUCCAUUGACAUGGGAAGCUGUGUAUCGCUCAAUCGGAGAGACUCCAAUUCUCCCCCAACGGUGAAGAUCGUCUCCGUCAACGGCGAUCUACGGGAAUACAAUGUUCCGGUGCUAGCAUCUCAGGUCCUUGAAGCUGAAUCGGCGGCGUCGUCCUCCUCCUCUUAUUUCAUCUGCGAUUCGGAUUCUCUCCUCUACGACGAUUUCAUCCCGGCGGUCAAAUCGGCAGAACCGCUUCACGCCGAGCAGAUCUACUUCGUCCUUCCGAUCUCCAAACGGCGGAACCGUCUAACGGCGCCGGACAUGGCGGCUCUCGCCGUAAAAGCAAGCGUCGCGAUACAAAACUCCGUCGGGAAAGAUUUUCGCCGGCGUAAAAAGGGGAGGAUCUCGCCGAUCAUGACGCUUACUACUCAGCCUAACGGUUCCGUUGCUGCUGUUAACGGAAAAGCAAGCGAGUCAACGGUUAGCAAGGGAAGACCGUUGGUGAAGAGAACGGCGACGUAUAAGGCUUCGAGUGGUUAUAACCGGUCCGGUUCGGUACGUAAUUUGAGAAGGCAUACUUCGAGGCGAGCAAAGUUGGCGGUUCGAUCAUUUAGGUUGAAACUUUCAACGAUCCACGAAGGCUCCGUCGUUUAGAUUGGCUUAUAUAACUCUUUUAAGUCGUAUUUAUUUUUGCGAGGAUCAAACAAAUGAGAAUUAAAAAAAAGAAAACCAGUAUUAGAAUAAGCAUAAUAUUAUUUGCAAUUUUGUUUUCGUUUCUUAUAAACUGAUGAUAUAUUAAUAUCAGAUGAAGAAACACUAUGUAAGUCUGUAUAUUUAUUUUCUUUUACGUUCUUUGUUUGUUUGUUUGAUUGUAUAUAUUGGUCACGUAUCUCACGCUAUAGAAAAG